GGCCGACCAAUGGCCGACGUGGGUUCCCGAGGAAACGUCUCUCCCAGCAGUGUUACACGUAGGACGGCCGUAGUCAGUAUCGAACCACGGACGUGGAUGAGUGUCGCUGAGCGCGUCGAUCAUCAGGAAAUCGUACGAACGAACUACUUUGCCACACCCCGUGGCCAUUUUGGACAGAAGUGAUUGCUCUCCAGACGUGUCCAAGGCUGAACAGCUCCUGUCAUGGAUCAGAUCACGCCGAAGGAAGUGAAGAUUCUGGAGAAUCCAGAGGACAUUCAAGAGAGGAGGGAGCAGGUGCUGGGUCGGUACGCGAAUUUCAAGGCGGAGGCUCGCAACAAACGGGACAAGCUCGAGGACUCCCGUCGCUUUCAGUACUUUAAGCGAGAUGCGGACGAACUCGAAGGAUGGAUCUACGAGAAAUUGCAAGCUGCUUCCGACGAGAGCUACAAAGACCCGACGAAUCUUCAAGCGAAGAUACAGAAACAUCAAGCAUUCGAGGCAGAGGUUGCGGCUCACUCCAAUGCUAUAGUGUCAUUGGAUAACACGGGCUCCGAGAUGAUAGCUCAGCAUCACUUUGCCAGCGAUGUAAUUCGUAAAAGAUUAGAGGAGCUUCAUCGCCUGUGGGAGUUGCUGCUCUCUCGUUUGGCAGAGAAGGGCCUCAAACUGCAACAGGCCUUGGUCCUCGUACAGUUCCUCAGACACUGCGACGAAGUAAUGUUUUGGAUUCACGACAAAGAAGCCUUUGUAACAACCGAUGAAUUUGGGCACGAUUUGGAACACGUCGAAGUGCUUCAAAGGAAAUUUGACGAAUUUCAAAAGGAUAUGGCGAGCCAGGAGUACAGAGUGACAGAAGUAAACGAACUGGCAGACAAACUACUCUUGGACGGUCACCCCGAACGAGAUACGAUUCUACGCAGGAAGGAAGAACUGAAUGAAUCUUGGCAGAGGCUUAAACAACUUGCCGUUCUGAGACAAGAGAAACUUUUCGGAGCUCACGAGAUUCAGAGAUUCAAUCGGGACGCGGAUGAGACGAUGGCUUGGAUCGCCGAGAAGGACGUUGUUCUGUCUUCGGACGACUUUGGUCGGGACCUCGCGAGCGUACAGACGCUGCAAAGAAAACACGAGGGCAUUGAACGUGAUUUGGCAGCACUGGAAGAUAAAGUCUACUCUUUGGGAACCGAGGCCGAUCGUCUGGCAGCUAUUCAUCAGGCGGAUCAUUCGAAGCAGAUUCAAUCUAAGCGCGCGGAGAUUUUGCAGUCGUGGGAAAGCCUUACAGCGAAAGCGAAGGAGCGACGUUUGAAACUGGACGAGUCUUACUAUUUGCACAGAUUCUUGGCUGAUUACAGGGAUCUGGUUUCUUGGAUGAACGACAUGCGAGCGAUCAUAUCGGCUGAUGAAUUGGCAAAGGACGUAGCUGGCGCAGAAGCCCUUGUCGACAGACAUCAGGAGCACAAAGGUGAAAUCGAUGCCAGAGCCGAUAGUUUCGAUGCAACUACGUUAGCUGGCAAUAAGCUUUUGGAAAAGAAACAUUACGCUGCCGAGGAGGUAGCUAGGAAAUUGAACUCCUUGGCAGAAGACAAGCAGUCUCUGCUGAGCCUCUGGGAGAAGAGGAGAAUUUUGUAUGAACAGUGCGUGGAUUUACAACUGUUCUACCGAGACACGGAACAAGCGGACGCGUGGAUGGCCAAGCAAGAAGCAUUCUUGGCGAACGAAGAUUUGGGAGAUUCUCUCGACAGCGUGGAAGCUUUGAUAAAGAAACACGAGGACUUCGACAAGUCUCUCGCCGCUCAGGAAGACAAGAUCAAAAUACUGGACGAAUUCGCCGGUAAACUGAUCGAGGGUGAACAUUACGCUGCGGACGACGUGGCACAGAGACGCGAGUCCCUCUUAGAGAGACGCGCGAUUCUUCUGGAGAAGUCCGCGCAGAGGAGGCGGCGAUUGGAAGACGCGUACAAGCUGCAACAAUUCGAACGUGACUGCGACGAGACCAAGGGUUGGGUUAACGAGAAACUGAAGUUCGCCACCGACGACAGCUACUUGGACCCUACCAAUCUGAACGGCAAGGUGCAGAAGCAUCAGAACUUCGAGCAAGAAUUGAACGCCAACAGGACUCGAAUGGAAGAGAUGGUGGCAACUGGUCAGGAGCUGAUCGAAGGCGAUCACUACGCGAGCGAUCGUAUUCGCACUCGCACCGACGAGAUCAUGGUUCUAUGGGAUUGCCUGACCCACGCCACCGAGAAGAAAGGCGCGAAGUUGCAGGAAGCGUCCCAACAGCAGCAAUUCAAUCGCACCGUCGAGGACAUCGAAUUGUGGCUGUCCGAGGUCGAGGGUCAACUGAUGUCCGAAGAUUAUGGCAAGGAUUUAACCAGCGUGCAGAAUCUUCAGAAGAAGCAUGCCUUAUUGGAGGCCGACGUCGCUUCUCACUCGGACAGAAUCGAGAGCAUCGCUCAGGCCGCCGAUCAGUUCGUCAAGUCGGGCCACUUCGACGCCAACAAUAUCAAAGUCAAGCAGGAACAGUUGCAGGCCCGAUACGCCGCGCUGCAGCGGCCUAUGAGUAUCCGCAAGCAACGGCUCAUCGACUCUUUGCAGGUGCAGCAGUUGUUCAGGGACAUCGAGGACGAGGAAGCUUGGAUCCGAGAGAAGGAGCCGGUCGCCGCGUCCACCAACCGUGGCCGUGAUCUGAUCGGUGUGCAGAAUUUGCAGAAGAAACAUCAAGCAGUCCUGGCCGAGAUAAAUAACCACGAGCCACGCGUGGCAGCCGUGUGCCAGGCUGGAGCGACGAUGCUGCAGGAAAGCCACUUCGCCGCCGAAGAGAUUAGCCAACGUUUGGCCGCCCUGGACGAGCACUGGGGACAGCUCAAGGAGAAGGCUCGACAGCGCAAGAACGACCUGGACGAUUCUCUUCAGGCGCAUCAGUACUUCGCAGACUCGAACGAAGCCGAGUCCUGGAUAAAGGAGAAGAGACCCAUCGUGUUGAACGCUGACUACGGGAAGGACGAGGACAGCUCCGAGGCUCUUCUGAAGAAGCACGAGGCGUUGGUCAGCGACUUGGAGGCUUUCGCGAGCACCAUAGCUGCGCUGGAGGAACAGGCUCACUCGUGUCGCCAGCAGGAAGCGCCGACGGUCGAUAUCACCGGGAAGGAGUGCGUCGUCGCCCUCUACGACUACACCGAGAAAUCGCCCAGGGAAGUGUCCAUGAAGAAAGGCGACACGUUGACCCUGCUGAACUCCAACAACAAAGACUGGUGGAAGGUCGAGGUGAACGAUCGUCAAGGAUUCGUUCCAGCUGCGUACGUGAAACGGGUGGAGCCGGAGGCAGGAUGGAGCGCCUCCCUGCAGGACUUGACCAGGGAACUGAGUUCCAUCGGAGCCAGGCAGGCGCAGAUCGAGUUCCAGUACGAGGAUCUGCUGAGAGUCGCGCGGGAACGACAGAAUAAACUGAACGAGACCGCGAAGGCUUACGUGCUCGUCAGGGAAGCUGCGGAGUUGGCCACUUGGAUCAAAGACAAGGAGAACCACGCACAAGUCCAAGACGUCGGCGAGGACCUGGAACAGGUGGAGGUGAUGCAGAAGAAGUUCGACGACUUCCAGGCGGACCUGAAGGCCAACGAGGUGCGACUGGCCGAGAUGAACGAGAUUGCUGUGCAGUUGAUGAGCCUGGGACAGACGGAGGCGGCGUUGAAGAUCCAGACGCAGAUCCAGGACCUCAACGAGAAGUGGACCAGUCUGCAAACCCUAACAGCCGAGCGCGCGAAUCAGUUGGGCUCGGCCCACGAGGUGCAACGUUUCCAUCGCGACGUCGACGAGACCAAGGAUUGGAUCCGGGAGAAGGACGCGGCUUUGAACAACGACGACCUUGGAAAGGAUCUGCGCAGCGUGCAGGCCCUGCAGCGUAAACACGAGGGCCUCGAGAGAGACUUGGCUGCGCUGGGAGACAAGAUCAAGCAGCUGGACGAGACGGCCAACCGUUUGAUGCAGAGUCAUCCCGAGACCGCGGAGCAGACCUACGCGAAGCAGAAAGAGAUCAACGAGGAAUGGACUCAGCUCACAGCGAAGGCCAACAGCAGGAAGGAGAAAUUGCUCGACUCGUACGACUUGCAACGUUUCCUCAGCGAUUACAGGGAUCUGAUGGCUUGGAUCAACUCGAUGAUGGGUCUGGUGGCUACCGAGGAGCUGGCUUCCGAUUCCACCGGUGCCGAAGCUUUGCUGGAUCGCCAUCAGAAUCACAGAGCAGAGAUAGAUGCACGAUACGGCGUACUUCCAGAGGAACAUCGAAUCGAAAUCGACGCCAGAGCUGGUACCUUCCAAGCGUUCGAGCUCUUCGGGCAGCAGCUUCUGCAGUCCAGCCAUUAUGCCAGCGUCGAGAUUCAGGAGAAGCUGGAGUCCAUGUCGGAAGCGAGGCAGGAACUGGAGAAAGCCUGGGUUCAGCGACGCAUGCAGUUGGACCAGAAUCUGGAGUUGCAGCUUUUCUGCAGGGACUGCGAACAGGCGGAGAACUGGAUGAGCGCCAGGGAAGCUUUCCUGAGCAGCGCGGACACCGUGGACAGCAGCGACAAUGUCGAAGCACUGAUCAAAAAGCACGAGGACUUCGACAAGGCGAUCAAGUCGCACGAGGAUAAGAUCGCUACGCUCCAAACUCUGGCGGACCAGUUGAUAGCCGCUGAGCAUUAUGCCGCGAAACCGAUCGACGACAGACGUUGUCAAGUCUUGGACCGUUGGAAACACCUGAAGGACGCUCUCAUCGAGAAACGCUCGAAACUGGGAGAGUCUCAGACCUUGCAACAAUUCUCGCGAGACGCCGACGAGAUGGAAAAUUGGAUCGCCGAGAAGUUGCAGUUGGCUACCGAAGAGAACUACAAGGAUCCCGCGAACAUUCAGUCCAAGCAUCAGAAACAUCAAGCCUUCGAGGCAGAGUUGGCGGCGAACGCGGACAGGAUUCAGUCGGUUCUCGCCAUGGGUGGUAACUUGAUAGAGAAACAUCAGUGCGCGGGCUCCGAGGAUGCCGUUCAGAAAAGACUGGCCUCGAUCGCCGAUCAAUGGGAGUAUCUUACUCAGAAAACGACCGAGAAGUCCAUGAAACUGAAGGAGGCGAACAAACAGCGUACCUACAUAGCUGCGGUCAAGGACCUUGACUUCUGGCUCGGCGAAGUCGAGAGUUUGCUGACGUCCGAGGACGCGGGCAAAGAUCUGGCCUCCGUGCAGAAUCUGAUGAAGAAGCACCAGUUGGUGGAAGCCGAUAUCCAGGCGCACGAGGAGAGGAUCAAAGACAUGAACGCCCAAGCGGAUUCUCUGAUAGAAAGCGGACAGUUCGACGCAGCCGGCAUCCAGGAGAAACGUCAGAGCAUAAACGAGCGUUACGAGAGAAUCCGUAAUUUGGCUGCUCACAGGCAAGCCAGACUCAACGAAGCCAACACCUUGCAUCAGUUCUUCAGGGACAUCGCCGACGAGGAGUCCUGGAUCAAGGAGAAGAAGCUGUUGGUCGGUUCGGACGACUACGGUCGUGACCUUACCGGUGUCCAAAACCUGAAGAAGAAACACAAGAGGCUGGAGGCUGAAUUGGGCAGUCACGAGCCAGCUAUACAGGCAGUCCAGGAAGCUGGAGAGAAGCUGAUGGACGUUUCGAAUUUGGGCGUUCCUGAGAUAGAACAACGUCUGAAGUUACUGAAUCAGGCAUGGGCGGAACUGAAGCAACUAGCCGCCACUAGAGGACAGAAGCUGGACGAGUCGCUGACCUAUCAACAAUUCUUGGCCAAGGUCGAGGAAGAGGAAGCUUGGAUCACGGAGAAGCAGCAACUGCUGUCCGUAGAAGACUACGGAGACACCAUGGCGGCUGUUCAAGGUUUACUGAAGAAACACGACGCGUUCGAGACCGAUUUCGCCGUUCACGGGGACCGUUGCAAGGGCAUAUGCGAAGCUGGCGAGGCUCUGAUCAAAGCUGGCAACCAUCGCGCGGAUGCUAUAGCUCAAAGAUGCGCACAGCUGCGUAACAAGCUGGAACAACUCGGCGCUCUCGCGGCUAGAAGGAAGACUAGGUUGAACGAUAAUUCCGCUUACCUGCAGUUCAUGUGGAAGGCUGAUGUCGUCGAGUCAUGGAUAGCCGACAAAGAGACCCACGUUCGUUCAGAGGAGUUCGGAAGAGACCUUUCCACCGUUCAAACGCUUCUUACCAAGCAGGAGACGUUCGACGCGGGUCUGCACGCAUUCGAGCACGAGGGGAUACAGAACAUCACGUCGCUGAAGGAAAUGCUGGUGGAUUCUGGUCACGACCAAACGCCCAGCAUACAGAAACGCCACGCGGACGUUAUUGCUCGCUGGCAGAAACUUCUGGCCGACUCUGACGCCAGGAAGCAACGUCUGUUGAGAAUGCAGGAUCAGUUCAGGCAAAUCGAGGAACUGUACCUGACGUUCGCCAAGAAAGCGUCCGCAUUCAACUCGUGGUUCGAGAACGCCGAGGAAGAUCUCACCGACCCCGUCCGCUGCAACAGCAUCGAGGAAAUCCGUGCUCUGAGAGAAGCUCACGCGCAAUUCCAAGCCAGUCUGUCCUCCGCCGAAGCCGACUUCGAAGCUCUGGCUGCUCUCGACAGACAGAUCAAGAGCUUCAACGUUGGCCCCAAUCCGUACACAUGGUUCACAAUGGAAGCGUUGGAAGACACAUGGCGAAACCUGCAGAAGAUAAUCAAGGAGCGUGACGUGGAGCUUGCGAAGGAAGCCGAGCGCCAGGAAGAGAACGACAAACUCCGCAAAGAGUUCGCCCAGCAUGCCAACGCGUUCCAUCAGUGGUUAGCUGGAACGAGGACCUCCAUGAUGGAGGGAUCCGGAACGUUGGAGGAGCAAUUGGAAGCCACGAAGAGGAAGACGCAAGAGGUGCGAGCGCGUCGUCAGGACUUAAAGAAGAUAGAAGAUCUGGGUGCGAUUCUGGAGGAACACCUGAUUCUGGACAACCGGUAUACAGAGCACAGUACCGUCGGACUGGCGCAACAAUGGGACCAGUUGGAUCAACUGGGAAUGCGAAUGCAGCACAACUUGGAACAACAGAUACAAGCAAGGAAUCAGUCCGGUGUUUCGGAAGAUGCUCUCAAAGAAUUCUCCAUGAUGUUCAAGCACUUCGACAAGGACAAGAGCGGACGUCUAAACCACCAAGAAUUUAAAUCCUGCCUGAGAGCGCUUGGUUAUGAUCUACCGAUGGUGGAAGAAGGUCAACCGGAUCCAGAGUUUGAAAACAUCCUUGAUAUCGUGGACCCUAACAGAGACGGUUACGUGUCGUUGCAAGAGUACAUGGCGUUCAUGAUCAGCAAGGAAACGGAGAACGUGCAAAGCUCCGAAGAAAUCGAGAAUGCCUUCCGCGCGAUCACAGCCGCAGAUCGACCAUACGUUACGAAAGAGGAACUGUAUGCUAACCUUACCAAGGAAAUGGCCGAUUAUUGCGUUGCCCGUAUGAAGCCGUACGUCGAUCCGAAGACAGAACGACCGAUCACAGGGGCAUUAGAUUAUAUUGAAUUUACUCGCACUCUGUUCCAAAAUUAAUCGCAGUUACAUAAGUUAUUUUCUUUUUAAUACGACAUUAAAUUAUAGCAGCAGAAACGCAGAACGCUCACUCGUUUUAUUAAACACCUCGCUACUUUCACAUAACGUGUACAUGAUGACAACUUGGAAUAUUACGCAUCAUUGAACUACCUUAGGAAA